AUUAUAACAGAGUUUUGGCUCAACCAAAAUACAUUCAGUGGUGGCGACAGGCUGCAAUCUUUCUCUGGUGGAUUUCAGCUGUCCACAAUGUACCAAAGCGACACAUUUAGAACAGCUUUUGAACAUUUCAUGCCGACUGUGAACCAUGUGAAGAUGGUCAGACUGCUGGUCAAGUACCUCCAUUGUUUCGCUAACAGUACCACCUCGAUUGUCACCUCCUCUUAUCAGUCAUCAAUCCAGUCACCGCUGGACCAGUUUAAGAGAUCGGUGAUUCCUCACAUCCUUCAGAAACCACUCUACACAUUCCUGCGGCAUGCCUUUGAGCGCUGGCCUCUGGACUCAUGCUUUAGGAUGGUCCUGGAGACGUGGCUGAGCUACAUCCAGCCCUGGAGGUACACAGACUACAGAAGCAUUGCUGUCAGCAGAGGACAGCCUUCUGAAGUGGAGAUUGGCAAAGAAGUGGACAACAAGUGGAGCCAUUUUGUGGAAGACAAUUUGCUAUUCUACACAGUUCUGCUGCGAGAGUUCAUCCCGCGUAUUUACAGAAUGGACCUGACUUCUCCCUACAGUGCCUACAUGGUCUACCGAGUUUCCAGGAUAUUGAGUCUUCCAAACCUGCCCAAUUUGAUCUUACAAGCUGAACAGAAACUGUUUGGAGGUUCCGGCACACAAGCAGACUUGGGCGGCAGCUACCUGUCCAACCAGACAGUGUACCUGUCCAUGGUGACUCCGCCCCAGAUGGUUGAACUCGAGGGUGCCAACUUCCACUACGUGUCGUUCUUUAGUGAAAAUAUGAAGUACAAUGUGAUGAAGGUGAUUUCCCAGUUGACUGAGGCUUUAGAGACAGUCCGAGCCAGACAAAACAAGGAGUUGACUGCUGCCAAGCCGGAGCAGAAGUCCGGAUUCUUUUCCUUUCUCUUCAGCUCCGGGAGGGACCGUAAUAUUUAUCAGGGUCCGGAAUACAGGCGUCUGCCGGUACAUCUGGAGCAGGCCAUUCUCAAGCUUUGUUACAUAUUUUCUAUCCCUACGCCAGGAACUAUUUUUCUGUCCAGCAAUAACCAGAGCAUAGACAGUUCCAUGUCAAACGAAUCCAUUUAUUUAACGGAAGAGGAUAAUCCGCUUCCAGACUGUGUCCAAACAGAGGCUGGUUUAAAACUCACGGACAUUGGCAGGAGACAGUUGAUAAACCGCGAGAAGAAGUUUACCAAUUUCUAUGUUGGAGAUCCCGACCUGCUGCCAGUGAGAAGUUAUGAGAACGCCACAUUGGUUCGGAUGUUGUUUUAUUUCUGCUCGUUCGUCAAUUCAUACUUCAAUGCCGAAUUCAACGCUCUGUACAACCGACAGGAUUUUAUUGGACACUUUGCCCGUGUGUUUCUUAUAUCUCCGUCUGCUGCUGAAGAAAUGCAGCAGAAAAUUAGGUCACCAGUAUCCAAGAAAGCCGCAGAAUUAACCAGGUCACACCAAGCCCGGAUAUCCCUUCGCUUCCUGGCAAACUACCACACUAUGCUUCAUAUUGGCAUCAUGUAUUUGGUUCUGUCCUAUCUGCUGGGGGUUGGGCUUCUCGGGUUUGUGGCCAUCCUAUUGAGCCUUGUCUUUCUGUAUGGAACUUUACUUGCCUGUGUGAGGUCACUUAAGUCAAGGACAGAGAGCAGUAAAUCCCCUUGA